CGCUCGCGUGCAGAACAUUGAGUCAGAGGAGGGAUGAUCGUCGUCGUCGUCGUCGUCAGCACGUGAUCUCGCGGCUGCGGAGAAGUCAUAAAAGACGGCGCGAGGAUGAGCCCACCACUCACACGACACCAAGAGAGAACUUGAGAUUGCACGCUCGCGAGAGGCAAAGUCGUGGAUGGUAACUGCGCAUAACAUGGAUGACAUCUUCCCGUCGCCAUACAUGACAACAGCGACUGAUGACUUUGUCACUGACCCUUUCGAUUACUCGGGGGAUUACGAUACCGGCCCCACCCAGAUGUCCGGCAUGUGCGACAGGAGCUGGGUCAGGCAGUUCCGAGGGUGGUACGAGCCCCCGCUCUUCUGGACCAUAUUCCUGCUGGGCGCGCUGGGCAACCUGAUGGUGAUCUGGAUCUACAGCACCGUGCGCAACCGUCUGAAAACCAUGACGGACGUCUACCUGCUCAACCUGGCGGUGGCCGACCUCCUCUUCCUGUGCACGCUGCCCUUCUGGGCGGCCGACGCCAUCAAGGGCUGGGACUUCGGCCGGGGUCUCUGCAAGAUGGUGUCAGCCGUGUACAAGAUUAACUUCUUCAGCAGCACCUUCCUGCUGACCUGCAUCAGCGUCGACCGCUACAUCGCCAUCGUGCAGGUCACCAAGGCCCAGAACUGGAAGGAGAAACGUCUGUUCUACAGCAAGCUGGCCUGUCUGGUGGUGUGGUUGGUCUCCGUUCUCUUCGCCUUGCCGGAGUUCCUGUUCGCCCAGGUGAAGACUGACCUGAGCGGGUCGUCCUUCUGCGUGAUGGUCUACUGGAACAACGCAAACAACCGCACCAAGAUUCUGGUGUUGGCCCUGCAGAUCUGCGUGGGCUUCGCCCUUCCUCUCCUCGUCAUGAUCUUCUGCUACUCGGUCAUCAUCCGCACUCUCCUGCAGGCCAGGAGCUUCGAGAAGCACAAGGCCCUCCGCGUCAUCUUCAUCGUGGUCUUCGUGUUCUUGGCCUCCCAGCUGCCGUACAACGGCCUACUGAUGGUGGAGGCCUCGCAGGCCGCCAACGCCACCAUCACCGACUGCGACACGGUCAAGCGCUUCGACGUGGCCGGACAGGUGGCCAAGAGCCUGGCGUACACCCACGCCUGCCUCAACCCCUUCUUGUACGUCUUCGUGGGCGUGCGGUUCAGGCAGGACCUCUUGAAGUUGAUGAGGUCGUGCGGCCGUGGACCGGGCAGAGGCGGGAUCGCCAAAUUCCAAGCGGGUCCCAAACGUCCGUCGGUCGCGACGGACACGGACACUACACCGGCUCUUUCCUUAUGAACACCGUCAGCCAUCCGUUUUCAGUAGUGUCUUGUUCUAACGAGGGUUGCGGCUGAGGUGGAUCCUAUGAAGCUGACAAAAGGCCAGAGGCGGUUCUUCUCUCUUACGGAGCCGCAAAACCAAGUCAUUAGGCCAGACCGCCAACAACACGCAAAGUCUGCAAAGGGAGCGGGUAAUCCGAGCCAAAACCUCUCAACUGGGACCCUGUUCUGGUGUCCAUUAUCAACGGUGCUGCCUAAACAAAAUCCCAUCCAUCCGUCCUUUAGGGUUGAAGGUCAAAAUUCCAGCUGACUGAGCAGUCGGGGGUGUGGGCUCAGAUGAUGAGCGUUCACAGCAAUGUACAUUUGACCCUUCAACGGACCAAAACCGCAUCUUUCGGGGAUCUGAUCGGAAGCAGGAACAAAGCCCAGCAAACACGCCGACAACAGGCAAAGUCCAGAUCCGAGCGACCCGACUUCCAAGAACCGACCAGUAUUUCCGCUGAGGAAUGGCGACGUCUCCAUUUGUAGUCGUGUCUGUAUCAUACUGCCCCCCGGUGGCCAUGUCGCACACACCAGGAGCAGCGUAAAGUCAACUGAAUUGAUGCAAAAAAAAAAGAUAAUUUUUCAGGCAGGAACAGAUGAAUGUUUUUUGAAAAAUAUUAACAAAACAUAAUGGUAACCACAAAUGUAGAAUCCGGAUUUACACCAAAUGGUUUCUCUCUUGAAUUAGCAUUUUAGCGUAUUCCUGCUAA